CAUAUAGAGUGACACCUUCGAGAACGUUUAAUGUGAAUUUCUGAUAAAAGUGCAAGAGCAUUUACAGUGAAAGGCAAUGAAUAAAUUAGCAUUUGCCGUUAGUUAUUGGUUCUGCUCAAUCCUUUUCAAUGCUGAUGCUUUGCUGUUUCCUCAGUACACAGUACUGCAGAUGACCAUGGCAAUGGCAAUUCCUGUUCCCAUGCCCAAUCGAAAAAUGGCCCUGAAUAUGGGUGUGCAAGUGAACUACAACACUCCUUACACCCCAGCAGAAUUCUACAAUCCACCCAAUUGGCAGUCAAAGUCUUUCCAUGGAUCGGGAAAUGAGGGUUUAAAUCACACAAAGUACUCUCAUGUUAAAAGGGAUCUAACAGCAGGUGAAUUCUAUGGGAUUCUGGGAGAUAUACUAAAAGUACAGGGAAUUCAGAAUGAGCAGGAGUGCAUGUUAAAGGCAGUUUGUCAAAUGGCUAAAUAUCCACUUACACAUCGACAUGAUGAUCUCAUCGAGGAAAUUCUACAUUUCAUUUUCACACCAUCGAUUCACCAAUCAUUUGCAGAGGAAGAGUACCAUUUGAAGAAUACUUACGAGGAGGCUGAAAUUAUUGGUCGACAUCAUGGAGAUUGUAAUGUGCAUUAUCCAAAUUGUUAUCAAACACCAAUAGACAAAUUAACUAGACUGGAGGAAAUUGGAGACUAGUGCGAUAUUUUUUUUAAUAAAUUUUGCCUUUUCCAACCAAUUAACAUUCACAAUUUGCAUGUUUAGACAU